UAGAAAGUGGGUGAUUCGAGUGGAGUUGCGGUGUGUGGUUUCAGCUGACCUUGACUGGUUGGGUGUCGAAGCCCCGAGGACUCCGAGAUUGUUGUUACACAAUGUUUCGUUCGGUGGUCACUGCGAGGUCCAUCCUCAAUACAACUGUUGAAUAUGGGUUUCGUCGAUUAACAUCUAGGUGUUUGUGUGCUAAUUUUAAGUAUCGAUAUGUUUUAUCAAGUACUAGUAAAAAUAGGCCCCUUUGUUGGCAUGGCUCACUUCAGAUACCUCAAAAUAUUCAGUUCAUGGCAUGUCGCAUGUAUAGUUCAGAUCUACCUGCUCAUUUCAAAAUUACCUUACCUGCUUUAUCGCCAACCAUGGAAGCUGGGACUAUAGUAACAUGGCAGAAGAAGGAAGGGGAUAAAGUAUCUGAAGGAGAUCUUUUGGCUGAAAUUGAAACUGAUAAAGCCACUAUGGGUUUUGAGUCUUCUGAAGAAGGCCAUUUAGCCAAGAUCCUAGUUGCAGCAGGAUCUGCUAAUAUUCCAGUUGGAAAACUGUUGUGCAUCAUUGUUGAAAAUGAAUCUGACAUUGAGGCAUUCAAAACUUUUGUACCAACAGCAGCAGAUGAUGAAGUAAUUGGUGGUAGUGUACCAGCUUCUGCUGCACCUCCACCUCCUCCUCCACCCCCUCCCCCACCCAAACCAGUAGCACCCGCACAGACCACACAUGCCAGGGCUCCUGCUGCGCCCUCCAGGCCUACAGGUGGUCGUGUGUUUGCCACACCAUUAGCAAAAUCAUUAGCACUUGAGAAAGGUGUUGAUUUAAACGCUAUCACAGGGACUGGGCCUGAAGGUCGUAUUCAAGCAGAAGAUGUUGAAAAAUUCAUCAGCACUGGUGCAGUUCCUGCUGUUGCAACCCAACCUGUCUCCGUGCCUGCUGCAGCAACCCCAGCUGUUGCUGUACCUGGAUUGGAGUACACAGAUAUACCAUUGUCAAACAUUAGACAGGUUAUAGCAAAACGUUUGUUACAAUCCAAGCAAACUAUUCCUCAUUAUUAUUUAUCUGUGGAUGUCAAAAUGGAUAAUGUUAUAAGAUUGAGAAAAGAAUUGAAUGCAAUACUUUCCAAACAAAACAUUAAAUUGUCAGUUAAUGACUUUAUUAUUAAGGCCUCUGCUUUGUCUUGCUUGAAAGUUCCAGAGACAAAUUCUUCUUGGAUGGAUUCUAUUAUCAGACAGUACCACUCAGUCGACAUUAGUGUAGCGGUUGCAACUGACUAUGGACUUAUCACACCAAUUGUAACUAGUGCAGACUCAAAAGGUCUUUCUGCUAUUAGUAAAGAUGUACAGUCUUUGGCAGCAAAAGCCAAAGAAGGUAAAUUACAACCAUCUGAAUAUCAGGGCGGCACAUUCACUAUAUCAAAUCUUGGAAUGUUUGGUGUAAAGAAUUUUUGUGCUAUAAUAAAUCCACCUCAGGCUUGUAUUUUAGCUGUUGGAGGUGCAGAAGAAAGACUUGUUGCUGGUUCAGAAGAAGGAUUCAAUGUUGCUAGUGUUAUGAGUGUUACACUCAGUUGUGAUCAUCGAGUGGUAGAUGGUGCUGUUGGUGCUCAGUGGCUAGCUGAGUUUAAACGUUACUUGGAAACACCAGAGACCAUGAUGUUAUAAAGAGAAUCCAUUUAUCAAUUGUAAUUAUGAGAAACUAUAAAGUGGAUUGGAAUUAGGAUGUUGCUGGCAUCCCAUUAGAGUUUACCCCAAUUUGUUUUGUAGAGUUCCAAAAUAUUGGCCAGAACAAGGUUUUCAUUUUGAAGAAAAGCUCAAACAGAAAAAUGUAUAUUUUUCAUCAUUUUCUAUAUAACUGAUUUCUUAUAAUUUUGUUUGUUCAUGAAAGGAAAAAAACAACAAAACAAAAACAAUGACCUUUUGAGAAGUAACAUCAUAAAGAAAUCCUACAAUUAAGUUAAUAAAUUGGUUAUUGGGAAAUAUUG